ACAACUGCAGCACCAACAACCACAAUUGAAGCACCUACAACCACUACUGCAGCACCUACAACCACAACUGCAGCACCAACAACCACAACUGCAGCACCAACAACCACGAUUGCAGCACCUACAACCACAACUGCAGCACCUACAACCACAACUGCAGCACCUACAACCACAACUGCAGCACCAAAAACCACAACUACAGCACCUACAACCACAUCUCCAGAACCUACACCCGCAACUGAAGCACCUACAACCACAACUGCGGCACCAAAAACCACAACUGCAGCACCUACAACCACAACUGCAGCACCAACAACCACAACUGCAGCACCUACAACAACAACUCCAGCACCAGCAACUGCAACUGAAGCUUCUACAACCACAACUGCAGCACCUACAACCACUACUGCAGCACCUACAACCACAACUGCAGCACCAACAACCACAAUUGUAGCACCUACAACCACUACUGCAGCACCAACAACCACAACUGCAGCACCAACAACCCCAGCUGCAGCACCUACAACCACAACUGCAGCACCUACGACCACAACACCAAAAACC